UAAGAUAUAUAUUGGAUGCUAUCACAACAUUUAGGCAAAAUCCUUCUCCAACAGGAGACCUGAAUCAUCUACAGACUCUGGGCAAUCUUCUCGUCCUCCGUCCAAGCCCCAUUCUCUCGAAGCAUUUCAUCUCUAUUGCGAAAACAGCUAGAUAAAGAGUCACUGCCUUCCACCUCCUUUCGUGUCGCCUACAGAGUCAUCUAUUGCAGUGCCAAAGCGUCCUCGUUAACUAUCAAACUCCGACUUCAAUUCCAUCCAUCAUGGCGACACCACCUCAUGGAUUGCCAGGUACGCCGGGUGGUUAUGUUGUGUUCGGCCCUCAGGCAAAUUGCACUCUGGAUGUCUGCCCUGUCGAAUGGAGUGUCUACAAGUAUCGGCCAUCCAUUGCCGCCAACUCCGUCUUCAUAGCCCUCUUUGGUAUCUCCAUCGCCCUCCAUGCGGUGCUCGGCUUUCGUUGGCGCCAGUGGAAUUUCAUGGUCCUCAUGAUCUUCGGGUGCAUCGUUGAGAUUGGAGGCUAUGCUGGUCGCCUUGUCCUCUACAACAACCCCUUCUCUUUCGGUGGCUUCAUGGACCAGAUUGUCCUCAUUACCAUCGGCCCGGUGUUUUACACUGCCGGAAUAUACAUCACUCUAUCCAAGACCAUUAACUUCCUAGCUCCCGAAGUUUCACGCAUCAAGCCCGAACUGUUCUAUUGGAUCUUCAUUCCUCUCGAUGUCAUCUGCCUUAUUCUCCAAGCUGCUGGUGGUGCCAUGUCCACAGUCAGCUCUGGCUCUAGUCAAACCGGUGUUGACAUUGCCAUGGCAGGUCUCGGGCUACAGGUCGGCGGCCUGUUUUUCUUCAGCGUUUUGUUUGUUGAUUACUUGGCUCGCUAUGUCCGCAAAAAACCCUCAUCGCCUUUGGACACAAGAAUGCGCCUCUUUUUUGGCUUCCUUGGUGGCGCGAUCCUCCUUAUCUUCACACGUUGCAUAUACCGUUGUUACGAACUGAGCAAAGGUUACGUCCACUCCAACCUAAUUACAGACCAAGGCCUCUUCAUUGGUCUCGAGGGAGUCUUGAUUGUUGUCGCUACUUUCUGCCUCUGCAUUGGACAUCCCGGGUUCAUUUUUGGUCGAGACGAAGCCAAGGCUGUUUCCCUUCAUACAUUCGAUGAGCCUGCGAAUCCCGAAUCCAAGGCCUAAAUCUAUCGAAAAUUAUACACCUCAAACUCUGAUGAUUCCAUUCAACUCAAAAAUACAAAACCCCCAAAACCUAUAGGGGCUUAAAGCUGAUGCACAGUCAUUCAUUGGAUAGCGAUUAUAAAUGAUGUUAGAUCUCUUUAUUUUAUAGCAUUUCUUUUACAAGAUACAUAUU